AUGGAAGAACGAAUGAUUCUUAAACAACUGGAAAAUGCAAAACGACUUGAAGAAUUCAAAUACUUUUUCAAUGAAAAGGGACAACUGAGGCACAUCGAAACGAACCAACCAUUUGUUUUCAAGCAAUAUAACAAUGUAAUGAAUUUGAACCAUCAGUGGUACACCGCCUUUGGAACAGUUUUGGCCGAGUAUGUAUAUGAGCUAUUAGAGAAAGAAUGUCGACUGAAACGACUCUAUAUUCCUGUAGAUGCCGCAAAAGAUGAGUCUAAAAGUUUUUGCUUUGUGAGCGAAGCUGCCCUGAAUAAUCCAUCAAUCUUAAUUGUUCUGCUACAAGAUCGCGGGGUGAUGCGGGCCGGUGCGUGGUCCCAACAAUUGAUUGUGCAUGAUUGUCUGGACACUGGCACACAAAUCCCCUUCAUUAAACAGGCUCUGAGGGAGCACUAUGAAGUAAUGGUAUUAAAUCCCAAUGACAACUUUAUGGUAGUUAAGACGGACGCUGAAUGUGCUCAAAAUGAAUACAAUGUAGAAGUUGAAAAAACACCUGAAAUACCAAAAAAGGGGCUUGAAAGUGCUGAACAGCAUAUAUUCUACAUUUGGGACCACUUCAUAGUCAAGUGUUCUCCAAUGAGUGUGGCCAUUAUUGCCCAUGGCUACGGUGGCUUGGCAUUUGUGAACUUAUUAACUGAACGUUCAGAUGUAAUGAACAAAGUAUACGCCGUGGCGUUCAUAAAUUCUAAUCACGAUGCAGAUCAUCAAAACGUUGGCCCAGCAGAGCGGCACUGGAUGGCAAAGAAUUGCCGUAACUGGUUACUCAGCUCCAAGCCUUUGGACAAGCCUGUAAUCUCCAUGAAGAUGGACUGUCCGCAAGUUUCGGCAGGCACCGAAAACCACGAUUUGGCCCCUGCGUCUUGCUUUCACUCCAUUUUUAAGUAUUUGAAGAAAAUUUCAAAUGCACAGAAAACUAAACGAUUCACUCGAUCGCCAAUUGUUACAAGAAGUUCAAGCAAGGGAAAAGCUACUAAGAACAGCAACGUAUGACAGUAGUAUUGAAUAAUUUAGCAACCAACAAUGCAAAGUCAAAACUAAGGGUGCCUCACCUGAAAUACCGACUGAUGUUCUCUCUACGUAUACUCCCCGUGUUUUCAGCUGCUGUGGUGACUUUUAUUAAUUGUAUUCCACGAUGAUCACGCAAAUCUUUCAAUGCUUGCCCGAGUCUAAAUACUUUGCCAAACUGUUGAGAUUUUACCUUGUAAUAGCAGGUAGAAUUGCUUGAUUAUUUAAGGAGUUUUUUUUUGGCAGUUAACAUAAACUUGAUGAUAUCUGUGGUCUUUUGCUGUGUGCAGCAGGUUGGACCAUACUAAAAACUAC